CCAAAGUGACAUUUCGUUUCGGAUUUCAAUUCUAUUUUCUUUUGCUAUGGAUUUACUGCAAAGUGUAAAAGAAAAUUGCGAUAUAUGUAUUUCAUUUAAAUGAUUAUACGAGUGUUCCAAUUUGAGAUGCUUUAAACUUGUGAAUUUAAUGCGAUUCUGUAAACUAAUAGCAUCAAUUGCGUAUUGUAUUGUUUAUCGGCGAUUAGUACAAUCGCAGAAAAUGGACAUUUUACGUCAUUUUCAAAACAUUUCUUGGUGCAAACCAGACUGGUGCUAUCCGAGCAUGAGUAAGGAGACAAAUGAACUACUGCACCAGUGUAUAGACUUGCCAACUAUGAAGCUUUCGGACGAUGUUGAGGAGAUCAUCAGGAAGAGCAAAGCUUUUCCCAUACCCUUCCCCAUUGAAACCAUCAGGUUGGAGAAGUUAAAAGUGCGUAAACCAAUUGACAAAUUGAAGAGGAACAUAGUAUCAACAUACCCUCUGAUACAUGAAAGAGUUCUGUUGUUGAUGACACACUUCCUUAUCUACAAGAGAGAAUUUGGGUCUAAUAUAGAAAAGGUGUUCUACAAAGACAUGACAGUGCCAGAAUUUAUAGAGAGGAUACUCAAAAAGCGUGCUGUCACAUUUAUGAAUGAAAGCGAUGAUUAUAUUCUACUGUCUGGUGAAAGAGAUCAUGAUGGCUGGGAACAAGUGGGCACGCUGCACCAGAAGCCGCCCCUGCUGCUGGAGAACUGUCUGAGCUACGACGAGAUGAAGCUGUCGGCCAUGGUGUACGUGAGCGGGCACACGGAGUGCAUCAACGACGGCGCGCGGACCAACGCCGGCGUCAUCAGGGAGGACGUCGCGGAGGAGGACGCCGUUAUCAUUGGUCUUAUCGGGCCACGUUUCGAGAGACGCGGCCGCAUGGACUACGAAGACAUACUAAUAACCGAACAACAGAACUGUCUGGAGAAUGGUUAUGGAGAGGAGGUGACGCCUACAACAUGUCUAAAUGUUCUGAAGACUACAUAUGUUAGGAACAACCAGUCAGCUAAACAUAUGUGGAGGCAAAUGUGGUCGGAAUUCUAUCAGGUUCACAGUUACACAUAUGAAGAACUAACAUCAUACAUAAACAUUCAAGACAAGGACGAAGACAAACAGUAUUUAGACAGAUACGUGAAACAGCCGUACACUGAGAACAUAUUCGACAACGAAGUGUACUACAAGAGGUUGACCGUGUUGGUGGAGACCACGCUGUUGGAGGCGGAGUACCGAGCCGUGGGCAGUGGGAGAGAUGCCUUCGUUAAUGUUGUAGGAUGUGGUCUCGGCGUGUGGAAGAUAGCGCCGCACCAGCCGGACGUGUACGUGCUGACGUUCCUGGAGCGCGUCCGCGCCUUCCUCAAGAAGGAUCUGCUGAACCACGUCAGCGAUGUCAACUUCGCGUACAUCAGGACGAGUCGCGGCAUACAGUCAUUGUUCACGAACUCACCGGAACACAAUGAUCAGUCGCCGAUUGAAAAGAGGAUUUUCUUUGAAUGCAAACGGCAUCCAAAAGGCGGUAUAAACGUGCAAAUGGAGAACAGAGAGCCCUCAGCUAAACUAAAGGGUGAACACGAGGGAAAACUGCUUGUUAUAACAUACCCUUGGGAUGGAAACGCCCAUCCUGGAAACGAGUUUUGGAUGGGAAGUCUGUCCGGUUCAGGCGACCCAGCGGCGGCGUGCUCCACACAAGUGGCAGAACUUCACAACGCACACAUAAACCCCGCCGUCAGUGGCUACAAUGUUCGCGUCGCCGGCCGCUACGGUAUCAACACGCUGGCGGAGUAUUCGCGUUCUCUCACCACGUAAUACUGAGGAACAGAUACUCUACUUCUUGUAUAUCUAUGUAAUGUACACGAUGGAGGUGCUGGGAUGGAAUAUACAUAAAAAUUGGUCCUUCGAGCCGGAUAGUUAGCACUUGAUUCCCAUAUAUCUAUAUAACACGUUUGGUAUGGAAUGUUACAAGUUGGCGAAGUAUUUGUGCUCUCUCAUCACGUAAUACUGAGGGACAGAUAAUCUAUCUAUAUACACGAUGGAGGUGUUGGGAUCGUAUAUACAUGACAAAUGGUCCUUCGAGCCGGGUAGUUAGCACUCGAUUCCCAUAUAUCUAUAUAUAAAAUAUUUGGGAUGGAAUAUUACAAGCUGGCAGAAUAUUCGCAUAUAUCUAUGUAACUCAGAGGAUGGGAUGGGAUAUAACAAACUGGCGGAGUAUUCGCGCUUUCUCACCGCGUAAUCGGGCGAGACACAGGGGUAUACACUUGUCCCCGUAUAACUAUGUAAUGUACACACAAUGGAGGUGUUGUGGGAUAGAAUAUACUAAAAAAUUGGUCCUUCGAGCCGAAUAUUUAGCACUCUAUUCCCAUAUAACACGGUUGGGAUGGAAUACUACAAGCUGACGGAAUAUUCGCGCUCUCUCACCACGUAAUAUUGAGGGACAGAGAGGUGUAUACUCGCAAUUCCCUUUUAUGUAUAAUAGCCAUUCAAACCGGAUGGAAUAUAAUCCUUCCUAGUAUGUAAUAAAGUGAACUCGAAUAUGUUGACGAUGUAAUAUGUAAAGGGAAUGGAUAUAUCGAGAAUGAAAUGUAUGGAAUUUAUGUAAGUAGAUACCGUCUAAUAUAAAACUGAAAUCCCCUCCACUAACAGUGAUUUUAAAAAUCUGUGAGAAGAAAAUAUUCUUGCUUUUUAUUAGUAUGCUGUAAUCGAUUGUAUUACUAACAUUUAAUCUAAAAUGUCUACAAAGAAAAAAAUAAUGAGAUAAAAGAAUUGUUAAAGAAGAGUCAACUGAUUUGGAUAUUUCUACUCCCAUUGAAAACCGGUUACAGAUAUCUGGCACAACACAAAUUAAUUAUUAUCUCUCGUCUGUAGUUAUGUAUUUUGCAUGCAGGAGUUAACAUGGUGGGAGAGUACUCACUUAUUAAUUUAAACGAUCUAUUACUAUCAACACUUUACGAAGGAAUGGAAUAAAACUAAGUUUUAUUAGUGGUUGCACAACAGUGACAACAAAUAUAUGUUUAUAUAUAUUGUAAUAUCUAUUGUGGCAAAAUAACUUUAGUAUAGUAAAAUAUAUAGCAAUGUAUCGAGACUACAACGCACAUGUAAAAACUAAAUAAGUAACAAUGUAUGUAGACCGUGCCUCUUAACGAGAUAUCAACUUAUGUCUCCUUUACUGAUCUUAAAUAUAUGAGACAUUUUUGACUUAGUCUAAGUAGUAUUUUUAGGUUUUGAGUUUAGUUGAUUUCUAUAUGCCCUCUCCUUUGCCUGUAUUGCCUAAGGAGGCCAAUUAGUCGCGCAUGGUAUGUCAUACGGAAAGCUGUUUUUCAAAAUCAAUUUCGAUAUUGGUAAAAUACCAAGUUAUCAAUAGGAUUUUGUAUAACGUGGAGGGUUAAACAUAUAACUGUGAUGGAUGUAUAUAUUAUGUGUAUGUAAUGUAGUUUUAAGGAAUAUUUAAUGUAAUUAACAAAGGAAUUUAAAUGAAAAUGAAAAGUCCAAAGGUUCUUUACUCAAUCACAUUGUGAUCUCGAAAGACCAGUCCAGUCUAAAAGUAAAGAAAAGGACAGGACAUAAAAGUAAAUAGACGUUAGCAGAAAAGUAAAUAGACAAAUAGCAUCCAUUGCAUUCAUAGAAAUAAAGUUAUAUAACCAGACGGCCAGGAGUCAUGGCGAUGAAUUGAAAAAUUAACAAGAUUUAUAGUCAAAAAGUUACAUUUUAUUGACUAAACUGAAUUGGUAUAUUAAGUUAUUCAAUCAAUUAAGUGAAUAUUGUAACGAAUCAUCAACAAUAUAAGCAAUUUUAGGUUUAGGUAAUUAAUCUUGCCUGUUUUACUAUAAAACAUUAUGGUAAAAGAGUAAUAAUUUUUUUUUGCCUAAAUGAUAUACGGACAAAUGUAUAAAGUAAUGAAAUGUUUCGUGUAAUAUAAAUUGUAGCAAGCAAUAUUUAUUAUAAAUUGUAGACAAAAUGUACCUUGUAUAAUUGAUAGGAAAUUGUCAGCAUAGUUCAGGGGCGCAUCACAAAGAAUCACACCACAACACUAUUAUUAUAAUUAUAAUUUACUAAUUAUUGUCUCGUAUGUUAUUAGUGUUUAAGUCUAAAUGUAAGCUUUGCCUUAAACUGUAUACAGGGUGCUCGGGAGUAUUUCCCAUUAUUCUAGGGUUACUCUUUUACUAAAAUUAAUUCAAAAUGUUCAC